AUGGGCGAGCUCCGGCGGCGGGGUCAGAGGGGCGGUGGAUGGCUCGGUGGUGAAGGUGGAAAAGACAGGGGGGGACACGAGCUGGGUCUCGUGGGCGUAGGGGCCGGUGGCGAACAUGGUGGCGGAGGGGCCGCCGCCGGGAGAGCUGCCGGAGAUGGACAGGAAGCAGCUGGGCGACUGAGCGGUGGAAGGGACGGCGGAGUGGGUGAACGAGGCCGGAGACGAGGGUGGGGCGAGGAGAGAAGGGGCGAUCGCCGCCGUCUGGAUGGACGGGGCGGGUGCUUGGGGUCCAUUUCCGCGGUUCCGGGGCCCGUUCCCCUCCACGACGCGAGUCGAUGAUGGAACCACGCGCUUGGCUCUUCCCUGCGAUCCGAAGCAAGACAAACCGCCAAAGCAGCCUCCCCAUCGGCGACGCUGCCAAAAGUCAACGGAGAUGCGGAGUCAAAGGUGAUGAUAAAUAAUAUCUAGAAAAGAUUACGACGAAAUGUGCUUGUUUGGAUGAGCCGCAUGCCGCCAGAAAGUCAAAACGCAUGUCGAGCAUGGUAA